GUGAAUAAUCUCUUCUGGCAAAACUAACUAGGCAAAAAUGGCAGGAGGAGAGGGAGGAGCAGGAGAAAGAUCUCUUCAGGAAACACCCACUUGGGCAGUGGCUGUGGUGUGCAGUGUCUUUGUCAUCCUCUCUGUCUUAAUUGAACAUGGAAUCCAUUCUCUUGGAAAGUGGUUUCAGAAAAAGCAAAAGAAGGCAAUGAAUGAAGCCUUGGAGAAGAUCAAAUCAGAAUUAAUGCUGUUAGGAUUCUUAUCGCUUCUACUUACAUUUGGAACAAAUUAUAUAAAGAAAAUAUGCAUCCCUCACAGUAUUGGGGACACCAUGCUUCCAUGCAAGAAGGUGGUUUCACAUGGUGGUGAUGGUAGGAGACACUUGCUUUCUUUUGAGACGGAGGACGACAAUGAUGUGUUGUCAUGGCGUCGCAUUCUAGCAACUUCUAUCUCCGGCGACGACUAUUGCUCAACCAAAGGUAAAGUGCCACUGAUAUCUGCUUCAGGGUUGCACCAGUUGCAUAUAUUCAUAUUCGUCCUCGCUGUUUCUCACAUUUUCUACAGCGUCAUGACUAUGGUCCUAUCUCAAGCAAAAAUGAAGAAAUGGAAGUCUUGGGAAGCAGAGACAUCCUCCUUGGAGUAUCAAUUUUCAAAUGAUCCUGCAAGAUUCAGGUUAGCACAUCAAACAUCAUUUGUUAAACAACAUUCAGGGUGGUCUAGGAUGCCCGGAAUUCGAUGGAUUGUGGCGUUCUUCAGGCAAUUCUUUGCAUCUGUGACCAAAGUUGAUUACAUGACUAUGCGACAUGGAUUUAUAAAUGCACAUCUUGGUCCCAAUAGCAAAUUCAACUUCCAUAAGUAUAUCAAAAGAUCUAUGGAGGACGAUUUUAAAGUGGUUGUUGGUAUCAGUAUGCCACUUUGGGUUUCUGCUAUCAUCUUUCUGCUUUUAAACGUUUAUAAAUGGAACACGCUCACCUGGCUCUCAUUCAUCCCAUUAGUGAUACUUUUAUUAGUUGGUACGAAGCUUGAGCUAAUAAUAAUGGAAAUGGCGCAAGAAAUCCAAGAUAGAACCACAAUUGUAAGAGGGGUGCCAGUGGUGGAGCCAAAUAACAAGUAUUUCUGGUUCAAUCGCCCCCAGUGGAUCCUAUUCUUGAUACACUUCACCUUAUUCCAGAAUGCCUUUCAAAUAGCCCUUUUCCUCUGGACAGUGUAUGAGUUUAAGAUCAAGUCUUGCUUCCAUGAAAACUUGAAACUAAUACUGAUAAGGGUCAUCCUUGGGGUAUUCUUACAAUUCAUAUGCAGUUAUAUUACAUUCCCCCUCUAUGCCCUAAUAACCCAGAUGGGAUCACACAUGAAGAAAGCAAUAUUUGAGGAGCAAACAGCAAAGGCCAUUAAGAAAUGGCAAAAGACAGCAAAGGACAGAACAAAGUUAAGGAAAGCAGGGAUGGAUAAUGUUAGUAACUCAGGUUACAUGAGUGGAGAAACAACACCAAGCCAAGGAACAUCGCCAAUUCAUUUGCUUCACAAGUACAAGCCUAGUAGCGACCACACAGAUACCGAGAGUGUUCUCUAUUCUCCACGUUCAUACCCUUCUGAUACUGAGUUAUCUGAGACUGAAUUAGCAUAUACUCAUCAUCAUCGUAUUCAACUCAAUGAGAUUACAACAUCACAUGGACAUGGACCUCCAAAUAACAGACAGGAAACUCAUAAUGUUGAUUUUUCUUUUGACAAGCCUUAAAUUUGAACCACUUGUGCGUGCAUAUGCCAAUGGCACCCUAAUUAAUUAACCCUUCAUGAUAUUAGACAAAUUUGUGUUCGAAGUCGCAUAUAUAGCAACAGAAACUAGAAAAGAUUUGUGACCUGUCUACAUUUUUGCUAAGGUUAUGUACUUGAUUUUAUUUUUGAAACAGAAAUAUAGAAAUA